AUGCCUUCUGCCCCCCCGCCACUACCCUCCAUGUGCACGCUCCCUCGCUGCCUGGUUCGACCCUCCCUGCCCUCCUCGCCCUCUCCCACCGCCCGCCGUUUGUUCCUCCCCGCCUGUGCCCUCCCCGCGUCUACCUUCUCCUACCCUCCUAUGCCGCACGCUUCUUCCUUUCCCUCGCUGACCUACUCCACUCCCUGCCUCUCCUCAAUCCGCACUCUGCCCCUCAUUUCUCGCCCGCCUGCGCUAGGCCUUUACCCCGCCUUCCACUCGCUGGGAUUCUCCGCCCCCCUCCUCCCCCACGUUCCCUGUCUCCUGCUCUACCUCCCCUGCCUUUGGCUUCCAACCUCCCUUCCCCGCGUUUCCUCCCUCUGCGUGCUCGGCUUCUCCCAUCCCUGCCUCUCGCUUCUCCUCGCCCUGCCCCUCGAUUCCUCCCCUCCCCUCCCCCCCGUGACCGCUUUCUUCCCUCCCUGGCCUUCCCUUCCUUUCUCAGUAACUCUCCUUCAUUCCCUCCCCGCCCCUGGCCGCCCAUACCCCUGUCCUUGCUUUCUCCCCUCCCUGCCCCACGGUUCUUCCCUCCCCACGCUUACCUUCCACCCUCCGUGCCCAUCCUUUGAUUUCCCCGCACCCAUCGCCCUUCCCCUCCCUGGCCCUCAUUUCCCACACCCUCGCCCAUGCUUUCUACCCUCCCUGCCCCUCCUUUCCUCCCUCCCUACGUUCAGCAUCUCCCCUCUCUGCCCCUCUCAUCCUCCCUCCCUGCCCUUUGCUUUCCCCUUUGUCGAACACAAGAUCAAGACUGGUUUGACUCUCUCUCACAGCAGUGUGGACUUCAAAGGACUGUAUGCAUGA